UCUUUCAUCAAAUAGAAUCUUUAAUCCUUUGUCACGAUCAAUUGUGGAUGUUUAUAAAUGAGGUAAACAAAAUCCAUGGCUCUGUUUUUCUGCUCGAUUACUUUAUUCUGAUGUUGUUGACAUGUUUAUUCAUUUACAAUGUUUUAUUCGUAAAAAUGCACGAAAUUGUGGCGUUACUAGCUUUUUCCGUUACAUUGCUUUUCCUGGUAGCGUGUCUUAUGGUCGCCUCUUUAGUAUCUACAUUUAAUGCCGCAAUGCAAAAUAGUUUUCAAGACAUUUGGAUAUUCGCCGAUUGUCGUUUGGAUCUUGAACAGAGGCUAAAGAUUUUGAAUUUUAUGAAGAGAUUUGGGAAAGUUCCUUUGGCGAUUUCGGCGCAAGACUUCUUCAUUGUAACGAAGAAAUUUCCCAUCAAGAUGGCAAAUUCUCUGUAUUCGAUAUAUUCGAGUCUGUUGAAUUUGAGAAGUGCUGAGCAAAAAACUGUAAAUUGUUCAAAGAAAUCUCUGCUGUGAAAAGAGGAUUCGAUUUGAAAGCGAACAGCGAAAACCAGACAUUUUCUUUUUGAUUUUCAAUGAAGAAA